UAAACUUGCCUUUUGUAUGGAGGGAACCAGAGAAACAAUCCACUCUCUCUCUGUUUGGAAAAAAGUACUUAAAGAGGGGGAUCAAGAAAAGAGCCUGUGAGACCGGAGCUUCCAGGUGCUUUGCCCCUAGUUAAAAGCCCUGGAAGAAGGACCUCUCCCUGCCUGGAGUCAGUGAAGUCGAGUACCCUGCCUCUCACACUUACUCUCUCCCUCUCCCUCUCCCUCUCUCACUCUCUCCCUCCUACUUUCCACACUGUGAGAGUACACAGAGAUUCAGAAGGUGCGUCUGAAACCUACUUGUAUCCAGCUUGGAGACAACACUACAAGGACUUUUUUUCCUUUCACAGCGAAAGCAUAUGGACUUAAUUUUCGCUAGAGACAGAAAUAAGAACAAAUACCAGACUGGCACCUGCCAUUGACAACAAGAACUUAUUUAACUAUAUUUUUGCUCUUUCUUCUGUGCGUAUGCAAACGAUAUUUGACUGUGAACAAGGGCCAAGACAUUCCCAAGACUUCCCUGUCUGUUUGGUUCCUGGCACAUCUUUGUUACUUCUCAAGAGAUGACUGUCUGAAGAAGAGACCCAGAAAAGAAAACACCUGCCGAUAUUACCUGCCGAAGAAGGUGAGGUUCCCCUGAGAUUCUUCCUCAAACUGAAGGGUGAGGGCACUUUUCAACUGGUCAGGCCAAGAAAACAGCUGGCUGACCAGCUAAACAUCACCUUGGCUCAGCUUGGAGACCAGCUGAAGACCAGCUUGGACAGGCUACCAAACCAGCUGAACCAAAUUAAACCAGCUAAGUAAAGUAAUUUUCAGUUUGGAAACUCGUAUCCCAAAGGAUCAUUGACAAUGCUGGCACUGCCCUUUGUCCUGCUAACACUGGUGAACCAUGUCCUGGGUGCAGGUUACGCUCCCAUGCCUCAGAUGAAAUACGUGCAGCCCAUGAUGAAGGGACCUGUUGGGCCACCAUUCAGAGAAGGAAAGGGCCAGUAUCUUGAGUUUCCACCAAUGGUGGACGUAAAAGGGGAGCCAGGUCCUCAAGGGAAGCCUGGACCAAGGGGAUCUCCUGGUCCUCCUGGACUACCAGGGAAACCAGGUUUAGGAAAGCCUGGUCUCAAUGGUCCACCAGGUCCUCAGGGGCCAGCAGGAUUCCCUGGAAUUGGAAAGCCAGGACUACCAGGUUUACCAGGAAAAGUAGGUCCUAAAGGAGCUCCAGGAGUCAGUGGCGAGGUCGGACCUCAUGGAGAGCCAGGUCCACGGGGACUACAAGGUCAGCCAGGCCCGCCUGGUCCAGCAGGUCUGUCAUUGAAUGGUAAACCAGGGUUACCUGGGAUUAGAGGCCCUCCAGGGUCAAGAGGUGAACCGGGGCAGAAAGGAGGACCUGGUAUUCCUGGAGAACAGGGAUUCAAAGGGGAAAAUGGCAAUGGAAAGCCAGGUCUACCAGGGCCCAGGGGGCCAAAUGGCCUUCAAGGACCUCCAGGAGCUCCAGGUGCCCCUGGGUUGGGUAAACCAGGGCUUGAUGGGCUACCUGGGCCAUAUGGGCCAAAGGGAAAUCAAGGAGCACCAGGGGACAUAGGUUUCCCGGGGGAAGCAGGUCCUCCUGGGCUACAAGGACAGCCAGGCCCACCUGGUCUGGGAAAGAAUGGGCUUGACGGUAUUCCUGGUAAUCCAGGAUUGUUGGGCCCAAAGGGUGAGGCUGGCCCCAGAGGAGCACCUGGCUUUCCUGGACCUCCAGGUUAUGGUAAACCAGGGCUUUUUGGACAGAAAGGAGACAGAGGUCCUCCUGGAUUACAAGGAGCCUAUGGUAACAAAGGAGAACCUGGGAUGGAAGGUCUACAAGGAGAUAUGGGGCCAACUGGACAGCCAGGGCUUCCAGGUCCACAAGGUCCUAUGGGUCUUCCAGGCAAACAUGGUAUGUCUGGUCUGAAGGGAGAGAUUGGCCCCCAAGGGCCUCCAGGCUUGCCAGGAUUAAGAGGAGAUCAGGGUCCUAGUGGGCUAGCAGGAAAGCCCGGCCUCCAAGGGGAUAAGGGCCCUCCGGGUCUUAAUGGUCCAAUGGGCAAAACUGGGCCUAAAGGUGAAGCAGGUCACAUUGGCUUACCAGGAAAUCCUGGUUUAAUUGGAGCAUUAGGUUCAAAGGGUGAGAAUGGGAUCCCAGGACCCCCUGGGCCACGUGGCACAUCAGGGAUUCCUGGACUUCCAGGCCCCACUGGUCAUAUGGGACCACAGGGUGUUCCAGGGUUGAAAGGUGAACAAGGUCCACCAGGGUCCCAAGGAAUAGGAAAACCUGGAGACAAGGGGAUGCCUGGUCCACAAGGACCUCCAGGAAAACCUGGCACACCUGGACUUAGUGGUAUGCAAGGCCCUCCAGGUCCACCUGGACCUCCUGGGCCCCCUGGUUCAUCUAACGGUGAUAUAAAGCAGUUGGCAGUUCAAGGGCCAAAUAUUGGCGGGGAAUCAAUUCCAAAGCCAAAUGGUGAGAAACCACAAUUUGGUCAGGCUGAGCUCUCGGCCUCAGUGGCCCCUGCUUUUACUGCCAUAUUGACUACACCAUUUCCACCAUCUGGUAUGCCUAUCAAAUUCGACAGGACUCUGUACAAUGGGCAAAAUGCUUACAACCCUGCUACUGGCAUCUUCACAAGCCCACUGCCUGGAGUCUACUAUUUUGCUUAUCAUGUUCAUGUAAAGGGAACCAGCCUGUGGGUUGCUCUGUACAAAAACAAUGUGCCAGCCACAUACACCUAUGAUGAAUACAAGAAGGGCUAUAUGGACCAGGCAUCAGGUAGUGCAGUACUCGAGCUGAAGGAGAAUGACCAAGUAUGGGUGCAGAUGCCCUCUGACCAAGCAAAUGGGCUCUACUCCACUGAGUACAUCCAUUCAUCCUUCUCAGGGUUCCUCUUGUGCCCAACAUAACGGUCCAUCCUGUAAAAUCUUUGCACAAGUGCCCUGCAGUAACAUCUGUAAUAACAGCAACUAGAUGACAGGAAAGACUCACUGAACGACAGAGAGGCCGAGUUCAAAUCAGAGGGUGGAGAAUUUAUGCUCUCUCUUUCAAAUGUCUUAUUUGAUCAUUGUUUUACUUGUAAUUGUUGUUAUUUUCUGCCUAUAUUAUAAUUUUAUUAUAACUGUUAUAUAAUUUUUGUUGAUAUUGUUAUAAUGGUGUUAUUUUAUUGAUGUUGUUGUAGUUGUUGUUGUUUAUUGGAAUCAGACUAUUAAGUACAUUGUAACCAUUUUAAGACGUACCCAUGUGACUGCACACUUUGCCAAAUGUUCUGCCUCCCUUUGAGUUUCAUCACCUUGACUCUGGGGCUGUGUGUUCCCCUGGUUGCAGUCAAAUUCAGUUCAAACACCAUUCUAUGUCCCUCAGAUACACAGCUAGGCUACUUUAUCAAUGCCACAUUUUACAUUUUAAAAUUCAGACAUUUCACACAAACAUUGUUUGUAUUCACUAAAUACAUGUAAUUUAAAGAAUAAUCCUCAGUUCCAUUUUGUUUUUCUUAUUAAUGCUAGACCGGUGAAUCUGCUUAGUCAUUAGGGAUAUAUUUUGUUAGAUUUACUGUGAUAAAGCAGCAAUUGUGUAUUAAUCUGUCUGUUUCUGAUACAACUACAUGGAGAACAUUGUUUCUGAGAGUCUUUAAGAAGAAAAUUACUUGAUGAUUUAAAGAGUUCAUUAUUGGAUACGUGCCAGGUUUAAAUCCAUAGUGAUCCUGAAGGCCUCAAGAGGACUGCUGUACAACAGUGCCUGUAAUAAAAAAAACAAAUAUGUAAUUUCUGUUACUCUAAUUCCAUACUCUUAAAAUCAAAACUUGCCAAAGCUGAUGUUCAGUGGUUAGCUUUUUAUCAAAAUCCUAGUAUAGCCUACAGUAUGUUGGUGAGUAAUGGACUACUAAUGGGUUGAGAGUAUGAAGACAGCAUCUGAUUUCUUUCAACAAAUCAAUUCUCUCGUCAUAUUUUUCCUCAUUGCUGCUUUUACAAUGGCACUCACAUGAUCUUGACUUUUUCUUCAGUGAAGUGAAAGGUUUUGUGCCUUACUGACUAGUAACAUUUGGUAUAAAACUAAGAGACUUUUCAUGCUAUUAGCUGGAGUCUCAGCUCUAUUGCAUUUAGAAACUGUUUGUUUCCUGCAUAGAUUGACUUAUUUACAUUUAACUGAUUUUUACAUGCUUUUGAAAUAGACUUACACUGUCUGGAUUGUCACCGACAUGACAGACACCAGCAUGAGUGCAAUGUCAACUAAUCUCUUGAAAAGUGACAAAAUAUGAUACAUAUAUGAGGUGACCGAAUUUGGAUACGUCAAGCUUUGAUAGCAUCCUUUUGAUGGCUUUUUUUUUAUAGGUUAGAAUAUAAACAUGCGCAAAGAUAUUAUUACGCACAUUUUCUGAUGUGAAAAUGUCAUAUGACACUUGAAGUCCCUCUUCAUCAUGGUAUACCGGUUGAAUGUUGGUUUUGUGGUGGUUGUCAAAGUAAAGGAAUUAAUUUGACAAAAUGUUUGUCACUGUUCUAUAUACAGAGUAUUACAUAAACUUAAGUUGCCUGUAGUGAAAUAUUUCCUGGAUUUUUAAAAGAAAGAAAAAAAAGUAAAUAAUUCUAUUUACUUUUAAAAUGAUUGAGGCCAAUAUGUAGAAUGAUGAAACCUAAAUCAGACCGAAAGAGUGUCAAUAUUGAGCUUGCAAUAUUUAGAUGACAUAAGUGUCACUUUUGAAAGCAGCUUUGGCAACAGUUCUAUUCUAUUUCAAUUUUCACUAAUGGAGGUGUAUCUGAUGUCUUCCUUAUUGUAUAUUAACACUGUGAGCAAUAUUUUCUAUGAUAAGUGUAAACUGUUUGUGUGCAAUGGAUUGAUUAUUUUUAAAAUUAAUUGUGCUGCAAUAUCUCAAAACUGCUUUGACUGUUGCUUCCUUUUGCUGUUCAAAACAAACUAAGAAGAUAUCCAUGAUUCUGUUCCAAGGGAUAUUUGUUCAAUAUCAAACUAAUUUAAAGAAACAACCAAUCCCAUAUGCACAUGAAUUUAAUUAAGACAUAUUUAUACAUUUGUGAUAAUUCAAUAAGAAUUUCCAGCCAAAACAAACAUGAACAUACAAAUAACCUUAUAUUUUAAAAACACUGGGGGGUUAGAUGCAUUGUCGUCAACACCCUACUAUUGUUUUUUAAUCUUCUUUUUUGUAAUCUACCUACCAAUCUAUAGGACCUUUGUCUUGUACAUGGCUAUUGUGUUCACUUUAUGCAAUCCAUUUUGGAUAUUAAAUGCACUCUUUGAUUGAACAUAUUUUGUCAGCUCAUACAAAAUCUGCAAGUCCUAGACAAUACUGAUUCAACAUAAUAAAGACUUUCUUGAUCAA